AAAAAAAAGAAACAGAUCGAGAUUUUGAGAGGAGAUAGAGAAAGAGUUCCAGUGAGAGAGAGAGAUAGAGAGUUAGAUCGAAAAAGAGAACGAGAGAGUUAGAUCGAAAGAGAUCCAGCCCUGAUUGUUGACCGGAGUGCUUGGGUUGUUUAAAAAGGGUUCUUCUUCUUUGUCAAAAGGAAAGUGAAAGAAAGAAAAAAUGGCUUCGUUCUGUAGAUCAGCUGUGAGGUCAGGGAUGAGAUCCAUGGCUGCGUUACGGAACCAAAACCUAAAUUCAAAACCUUUCUCUCCUCCGUUUCCUCUUCCAACAACAAGCUCUCUUCCUCGCACUUCUAGAUUUGCAGUGGCCCUGGCAAGUGUGGAAUCAAUGAUGCCUCUUCACUGUGCAAUUGCUAAUUCUCGUCUCAAAUCAAGUAUUGCUGUUGACUCUAGUUGCUGGAGUUGGAUGUCCCAAGGGCUUUCAUUACCAUUGUGACGAAGGGACUCAUGGUGCGUUAACAGUUAAAACAAGACUAUAUUGUACGCUCUGCAUUUUCUCUAUCUAUGUUUUCGUGCUUAAAAAUUAUGAAAAUUGUUUAAGCAGCUAAUAUGCUAAACACUGCGAUUGAGUUAUGACUGCCAAGUGCAAAGUUUUACUUAUUUGAUGUUACCUGGAAGUGGAUUCUUGAAAAAUAUUUUGGUGAUAAAGUGAUUGUUCCUGGAUACAAUCCCGAUAAUAUUCUCUUUUAUACCA